CACUGUCACUCAGAAGAGAUUAGGAUCUGGGCAGGACGUGUCCCUGCUGGACUGUUCAGAAAGUAGAUGCAGCGUCUGCGGCUCCUCGCGUCCAGCCCUCAGGUGAUGCGUGGCUGGUUUUCCUUGGUGCGGGAGCUCUGAAAGCCCAGGCUCUAAGAGGUCUGGGUCAACAAUGAGACUGUCGUCCGCGGAGGCUUUCUGGGCCCUGCUCUCCCACACCUUCUCGUGUCUGGAGGAGGGCCACAUUGGAGGAUCCUAAAAAGUUUGUAAUUUUAUAACAUUCAAGAAGCACAUGAAAGAGGCCUCUCUCAUCAAGUAUUCUUGAUUAAGUUAUGAAAAUGGAAUUGAAGCCUGUUCUCUUCCUUCGUAUGGUAAGUCCAGCUGUGAGCAGGGUGUUCUGUUCUUCACUUCCAGAAAGCCAGUUUAUAAACAAAGUCAUCACCACUCUUCCUGAAAUCCUGUGUUCCCUGUGCACAUGGCAGAAAUUGGGAAAUAGGCAAAUAAAAAAACUGAAAUGAACUGGGUAUAGCAGCCACUGUUUCCAGAUGUCCUAGGACACUUCUAUCUCCAAAUGUUCCCUCCAGCUGUCCCAUCAAGCACAUUAUCAUAUCUCUGAGUUUUAUAAAUGGACACUGACAUGGACUACGAAAGACCGAACGUUGAAACCAUCAAGUGUGUGGUCGUGGGAGACAACGCCGUGGGGAAGACACGCUUGAUCUGUGCCAGAGCGUGUAAUACGACGCUAACGCAGUAUCAGCUGCUGGCUACCCAUGUGCCUACCGUGUGGGCGAUUGACCAGUACCGAGUGUGCCAGGAGGUCCUGGAGCGUUCCCGGGAUGUUGUUGAUGAAGUGAGCGUCUCUCUCAGGCUUUGGGACACUUUUGGAGAUCAUCACAAAGACAGGCGUUUUGCAUAUGGCAGGUCUGACGUUGUGGUCCUCUGUUUUUCGAUCGCUAAUCCCAAUUCCCUAAAUCAUGUGAAAACCAUGUGGUAUCAAGAAAUCAAGCACUUUUGCCCUCGCACACCUGUUGUUCUAGUUGGCUGCCAGCUAGAUCUCCGCUAUGCUGAUCUUGAAGCUGUUAAUCGAGCCAGACGCCCUUUAGCGAGGCCCAUAAAGAGAGGGGAUAUUCUGCCCCCAGAAAAAGGCCGAGAGGUUGCCAAGGAACUCGGCAUACCAUACUAUGAGACAAGCGUAUUUGACCAGUUCGGCAUCAAGGAUGUGUUUGACAAUGCAAUCCGAGCAGCGCUGAUUUCUCGCCGACACCUGCAGUUCUGGAAAUCUCACCUAAAGAAAGUUCAGAAACCUUUACUUCAGGCACCAUUCCUACCUCCAAAAGCCCCUCCACCAGUCAUCAAAGUUCCAGAAUGUCCCUCCACGGGGAUGAGCGAAGCUGCCUGUUUACUGGACAAUCCUCUGUGUGCCGAUGUCCUGUUCAUCCUUCAGGACCAGGAGCACAUCUUUGCACAUCGAAUUUACCUCGCUACCUCCUCUUCCAAAUUUUAUGAUCUUUUUUUAAUGGAAUGUGAAGAAACCCCAAAUUCGAGUGAAGGAGCUGGUGAGAAAGAGAAGAAGAGCCGGGAUUUCCAGGGGCAGGCAUUGAGCCUUAACCCGGAUGAGGAAAGGGAGGAAGGUGCCCCAAGGACACUUCAGACCAGUCAGUGGAAGUCCUCGAGCCAGAGCCUGUCCCAACAGGAGAGUCUGGGGCUGGAAGCUGAGAGCUCAAUUCCAGAGAUGCAGACUUUGUCAGGCUGGAGCAAGGGGUUCCUUGACAUGCACAAGGAGAUGCAAGUCAAUCCUGUCUCCAAGCGGCUGAGCCCCAUCACCGUGGUCAGAAUGGACUCAUCCGUCCAGCCAGGCCCUUUUCGGACCCUGCUCCAGUUCCUUUAUACAGGACAACUGGAUGAGAAGGAGAAGGAUUUGGUGGGCCUGGCUCAGAUUGCAGAGCUUCUAGAGAUGUUUGAUCUGAGGAUGAUGGUGGAAAACAUCAUGAACAAGGAAGCCUUCAUGAACCAGGAGAUUACCAAAGCAUUUCACGUCAGGAAGGCCAAUCGGAUAAAAGAGUGUCUCAGCAAAGGGACAUUCUCAGAUGUGACAUUUAGGUUGGAUGAUGGAGCCAUCAGCGCCCACAAACCGUUGCUGAUCUGUAGCUGCAGGUGGAUGGCUGCCAUGUUUGGGGGCUCAUUUGUGGAAAGCGCCAACAGCGAGGUAUAUCUCCCGAACAUAAACAAGAUGUCAAUGCAAGCAGUAUUGGAUUAUCUUUAUACCAAGCAGUUGUCACCUAACUUGGACCUGGACCCACUGGAAUUAAUUGCCUUGGCAAACAGAUUUUGCCUGCCACACUUGGUUGCCCUUGCAGAGCAGUAUGCUGUUCAGGAGCUGACCAAGGCUGCGAUGAGUGGUGUGGGCAUUGAUGGGGAAGUGCUCUCGUAUUUGGAAUUGGCCCAGUUCCACAACGCCCACCAGUUGGCCGCCUGGUGUUUGCACCACAUCUGCACCAACUACAACAGUGUUUGUUCCAAGUUCCGCAAGGAGAUCAAAUCGAAGUCCGCAGACAACCAGGAGUACUUUGAGCGGCACCGCUGGCCCCCCGUGUGGUACCUGAAGGAAGAAGACCACUACCAGCGAGUGAAAAGAGAACGGGAGAAGGAAGACAUUGCACUAAACAAACAUCACUCAAGACGAAAGUGGUGCUUCUGGAAUUCGUCUCCAGCAGUCGCCUGAGGAGGAAGAGAUAAAAAUGAGUAAUCUGACGCACCACUUGUUAAAAGCACUACUGUAAAAUUAGUCUUAUUAUUAGAGAUAAAUUGUAGUUCAGGUUUCAGGCACUGAUCUUCCUCCACUUUCGUGCAUUUCUCCUUGUUGGGAUCAAAGCACAAGCUCCCCAUCUAUGAGCCUGGACAAAAAAGGGAAGCUGACACUCACGGCAUUCCUUAAACUUAUAUGUAUGUUUUUUGUUAGAAGGCUUAAUAAACUUUAGUCUGUCACUUCGUUUCUUUUUAUACAAAGGAAGACAAAAAAAAAUCCAGCUUUCAUGUUUCAAAUUCCAAAUUGGAAAAUAUUUUUAUAUGGUCUCUUGUAUUUUGUUGAAAUGAAAAUACUGUGUAUUACUUUAUUUUACAGGCCACAAAUUAACCAUGAAGUCGCCCUGUGAUUCUCUUUGCCCACAUGACCACCAGGCAUUAUUACAUAAUGAGAGGGUUAUCCUCUCGUUGUGAAGUGCAGGGUUGGAAUGAAAUUCCCCCAAGCGCAAGUUAGAGAGUGUUUAAUCUUUGUUCUGCCGAAUAACACUGGCGUAAUUACCAAGUCAGCUCCAAGACUGUGUAUUUACAAUAUUUGCCGUGUAAGUGCUAGUAAUUAUAUGGUUAUAUGUGCCAUGUAAAAUAUAGUGAUAUCAAGUCUUCUGUUGUUUAAAAUGUCCAGAUUCAAAAGGAUAAUCUUUAUAAUCAUUAGAAGGGCUUAUUAAAUCCCAGCAGUAUCCAGGGCAAACCCACCGGGGGACCCGAACACACGAGACGCCCUCAGAGCACCAGUGUCUGAGUGGCUGUGUGAGGCUUUGCGUCUCCUGGUGUCCCUGGGUCUUGCCAUGCUUCUGCGUGCAGAUUCUUCAAUGACUUGAACUGAGAUGGGCAAGGGAAGGGAUCCCCAGACUUUGUCCCAAUCGUCGGCAGGCUUGUCACAUCUCACCCACGGAAACAGGCUUCUCAGGUCUCUUACCUGCAGCCAACUUCACUUUGUAAGACACGCAUUUUUAACUCUUCCCAGGGAAAAUUCAUGCCACUGUAGAAGCAGGCUGAGGCAGACCACCCACCCCUGCCAAAGGUCAGCGGGGCCUGUGAAGGCGUAAUGCUGGAGGCUGGGUCGUCUGGGGUCCCUGCAUUCUCCAACGCAGACAGGAACCUUAUUCCAAGAGUCUAGGAAAUGGUGCUAUUGUUAGUCUUGACCCUUUGUUGUUCUGAGUUUUCAGUGUUAAAAUGGAAAGUAUUGAGCAGGGGAGCUUCAGAGAAGCAGGCAGCCGUUGCUUCUCUACACAUUAAAAUGCUACAGCACUCAUAUGGGGCAUUUUAAGGCCACAGCUCCAUACCUGCUGUGGGAUGUGGUGUGGUGGGGGCUGGGGCUGAUUUUGUUGGGAGGUCAACAGAGGAUGCUAAAGGCUGUUGAUUUUUUUUUUUCUAGCUUUCGAAAGUUGGAAAAGAGACAGUUGAGUCCAAACCCCACUAUUGACAACCAUACGCAUUUGAAAAUCUAUCCAGAUUACAGAUGGACAUUUAUUACUGGCAGUGGAUACACACCAGAUCCAAGAUUUUGGAGAGGCUCAGAAAUGCAUCACCGCCUCAUGGCAAAGGAGAGGGCAGUAGAGUAGAAAUGGAUGGUUGUAAAUGCAUCUACCUUAAGUUUUGGUCCGUAGUGUUGUAAAUCAUUAACAGGAGGAGAAAGGAGACAGAAUGAGAGGAUAAAUGUCAAGACUCAGGAAGAAUUGACAUAUAUCCCAUCCUAAAAUGAUAGAAGUUGAGUUUUUAGUGAGUGGUCAGAGUUGAAUUUAUACAACCAAAGUUCCCAUGUGAUUGUAAUCUUGCCAAAACAUAAUGGACACAUAAAUGAACCUGGGGUAUAAGCAAUAAUAUCCACUAGUGUUUGUUAUCAGCUACUGUAACCAAGUGGCUGGUUCAUUUGGUUGAUGCUGAUUAUGGCCUUUAACUAUGGUGGUUUGUUUCGUGUUUUUUAUUUCACAAAAAGCCAAUAAAAUUGUUUAGCUAUAAAA